CAUGACAUCCCCGCCCUCGUCAUCUUCUGAAUCACCUUCGAAGGCACCGUACCCCUCUUCGUCCCUGUCCAGGUUCGACCCCUUCGCAGAGCAUCCUUUCACCAACUGCUCUGUGAAUCAAAACAUCCCCACACAGCAGUCCAACCACCACGGAUAUGCAUAUCCCUACGGUCCUUCAAUGGCGAGCUACAGUGUCACAUACAACCAAUUUCCGCAGACUUCUACCGUAACGAACGGCCCCCCUUCGAGCAGCACUCCAAGAUCCUCGCCGAAGCCCUACGGCUACUCAUCCAAUACCGCCAUUCCGUUCCGUAAGGAGACUGCGUCACCUGAGCUGGGUGAUGUGUUGAGGGCCAACAAAACCAAAGCGCCGAACUCUCUUUCCAGCUCGAAUCUUCCCAAGCAUCCUUCUCAGCCGGUUCCAAUCACGCAUCCGCGAAAGUAUUA